AUGCAGAAACGUCCCAGCACUCCGCCAACUGACUAUGGGCCGUCACUCACCCGGCCAACAUCCGAAGAAUUAAUAAAGGAAUGCACAACUCCAACAUCCGAAGACAAAGAGAGCGAACCACCAACAGUUGAAGUGGUCAAUCCCGCUCAUACGUCUGUAGAGGUACAACAAGUUGAGGAUGAUAUUCGAGAAUCGCCUAUGUCGCUUGGAAUUGGAAAGAUUAUCUUAUCCUAUUGUAUGAUAUGUGUUUGUAUUAUUCUUAUUGCGUUAAUGGCAUCUCCUCUAAUAAUACCAAUUGUACUAUUUAAUGUGAUGGAGGGUGGAGACCAAGUUUUUCUAUGGAUUUGCUCGAGUAUUGAGAUUUUCUUUGGUCUACUUUUUAUAUGGAACACCUACAAAGGAUACUCUACAAAUUAUACAACACUCAAUUUGAUUGGGAUAUUUGCAGGAAAAUACUCUUAUGUCAUAAUAUCAACAUGGAUAUAUCCGAAAAUUCUUGUGUCUACUGAAUUUACUCGAUGCAAAAACUUUCCUCGCCUUAUGAUAACCAAAAGGUUGAAGUCACUCACCAAUGCGUACUUGGUGGUUGCCGGCAUCACUGCUUCCUUGUGGUACAUGUACGUUUACAUAUAUGCAAAAGAAGUUGCAAAAGGAUAUGCUGCUUCGCUAUCUGCAUUGAACUUUAGCGCAUAUGUGAUCAAUAUUUCGGUACCCUUAUUUCUUGCCUUAUUACGCUGGCAUUGA